AUGGCCUCCCAAGUGGCGCCCCUGCCGAGGGUCAAGCUCGUGUCUGGCCCCGCGCCCAUGACGGCAGAGCAGCGUUACUGGAAAUCGUUUAAGAAUCCUCUUUUGAUUCCUUCGCCGACCAAUUUCCCCAUCACGCACGUGUCAAGCAACAGCGAUUCUUUUGCCGUGACGACGGGCACCCGUGUGCAGAUCUACUCGACCCGCAGCCGGAAGCUGCUCAAGACAAUCACUCGGUUUAGUGAUGUGGCACGAAGCGGAGAGAUUCGCCGGGACGGCCGCGUCCUGGUGGCGGGAGACGAUACGGGCAGGAUACAGGUGUUUGACGUGGGAUCGCGGGCUAUCCUGAGGACGUGGCUGGAUCACAAGCAGCCCGUGUGGACGACCAAGUUCUCGCCCGUGGAACUGACCACUCUGUUGAGUACGAGCGACGACAAGACGGUUAGGCUGUGGGAUUUGCCCAGCAGCGAGCCGACGAGCACGUUUGUGGGCCAUUCGGAUUACGUGCGGACUGGAAGCUUUAUGCCGGGCACGAUGGCGAACAUGGUGGUGUCUGGAAGUUACGACUCCACGGUCAAGCUGUGGGAUCCGCGAACGGGCAACAACUCUGCCGUUAUGACGUUCAAGCACGCUGCCCCCGUCGAGAGUGUGCUUCCUCUGCCGACUGGAACGACCGUCUUGGCGGCCGCUGGCAACGCUGUUAGCGUCCUCGAUCUGGUCGCUGCACGACCACUACAUCUCAUCACAAAUCACCAAAAGACAGUUACUUCCAUGAGCCUUGCCUCUGGUGGCCGCCGUCUCGUCACCGGUAGUUUAGAAGGCCAUGUCAAGAUGUUUGAAACGACAGGAUGGAACGUUGUGAAUAGCAUGAAGUACCAAGCCCCCAUUCUGUCAGUCUGCGUCAUCCCCUCCAACGAUUCCUCAGACGACGAUCGCCAUCUCGCAGUCGGCAUGCAGUCCGGCGUGCUCAGCGUUCGCACACGACUUACUGGUACCGAGGCCACCCGCCAGCGUGAGCGCGAGAAGGAAAUGCAGGCGCUCGUUGCCGGCACAAUCGACUCCCUCGAUGCGCAAAAGCAGAAGCGCAAACGCCGUGUCGAAGCCACCAAGCGUCUCGACCUGCUCGGCGAGAGCGCCGACGUUGUCAUUGCCAACCAGGGCCGUCCUACUAAGAAGAAGGAGAGACCGUGGCAAGCUGACCUUCGCCACGCCCGCUAUUCCAAGGCCCUCGACCAGGUCAUUGACCGUUCAUCACCCGAGUACUCUCCCCUCAACGUCCUAACACUGCUGCUUGCGCUUCGUCAUCGCAGCGCCAUUCGAGAUGCGCUGGAGAACCGCGACGAGCAGAGCGUAGAGCCAGUGUUGAAAUGGGUAUGCGGACACAUUUGCGACCCUCGCUACGUGAGCAUCUGCGUGGAAGUCGGUGUUCAGCUGCUGGAUCUGUAUGCCGAGUACGUUGGUGCGUCAGCGGAGCUGCAUCAGGGCUUUAGGACUCUGCAUAAGAGAGUCAAGCUCGAAGUUGAGAGGGCGCAGAUAGCUUGUCAGAGUGGAGGCAUGUUGGAGAGCUUAAUGAUGAGUGCGGUAUGA